UGCUUAUGAAACUCUUGUUAUUAAGUAAUUAAUAAUUGACACAAUGCUCAAUAACAACAACAUUUGUGCUAAUCAGCUAAUAGAAGCUGAAGCUCAAAGUUGGGAUUAUAUUUUGAGUUAUUUGCGUCCUUCAUGUAUAAAAUGCGCAAUUGAAUUAGGAAUUCCUGAUAUCCUUUACAAAAACGCCAAUCCAAUCAUGUCUCUUUCUGACCUUAUUGCCGCUUUGCCAAAUUUGAACCCUUCAAAAACUACCUUUAUUCCGAUUUUGAUGCGAAUUUUAGUUGAUUUUGGGCUUUUCAACUACCACCAACAAGGAGACCGCUAUUCACUCACAAGUGUUGGUCGUCUCCUUGUUGAAAAUGACCCCUCAGGGAAGAGGUCGUUUUUUAUUUUCGUCCAGCAUCCCGUUCUGCUGAACACGGCUGCUUCCGUGGGCGAUUGGUUACGGGACGAUAUUCCCACUGCCUUUGAAACGGCACAUGGAAAAUCUCAUUGGGAUUAUUGCGCUGAAGAUCCUGAAUUCAAUGGUGUUUUCAACGAUGCAAUGGUUGGUGAUUCGAGAUUGAUCUCCAAUUUGUUGAUUUCUGAUUGUUGUGCCGGUGUCUUUGAAGGCUUGACGUCAUUGGUGGACGUCGGAGGUGGCACCGGCGCUGUUGCUAUGACUAUUGCCGAUGCUUUUCCGAGUUUGAAAUGCAUUGUGCUUGAUCUCCCUCAUGUCAUAGGUGAUCGAAAGGGUAGUACUGGUAACUUGGAGUUUGUUUCUGGGAGUAUGUUUGAUAAAAUUCCACAUGCUAAUGCAAUCUUACUGAAGUGGAUUUUGCACAAUUGGGAUGAUGAAGAUUGUGUGAAGUUACUAAAGAAAUGUAAAGAGUCAAUUCCAAGUAAGGAAAAGGGAGGGAAAGUGAUAAUCAUAGACAUAGUAAUGGAGGAUAAUUGUAGCAAUAAUGAGGAACUUGUUCAAUCAAAACACUUGAUGGACUUUAUCAUGAGGAUUACUUAUGCUUCCAAAGAGAGAAGUAAAAAGGAAUGGGAAACACUCUUCUUGGAUGCUGGUUUUAGUGAAUACAAAAUAAUAACCUCUCUUGGUUUAAGGUCUCUAAUUGAAGUUUAUCCUUAAACAAUGCAUGUUAUCCCUAUGUCACA